CGCAGGGAGGUUUGGCGUGGAACCGAUGCUGCGCUGUGGGUCGGAUGGGGUUCUGUGGCCGUGGCAGAGGCUAUGUGAGGGCUCCGUUGCCACAUGCAGCUUCUGAUGAAGAAGAUUCACUUGUACCUGUUUCAGGAGUGCCUACAAAAGGAAAUUUAAGAACACAGCGUUUGCCAAAAUAUCAAACAAGUCAAACAGAACUUAAGGUGCCUGUAGCUGUUGCUUCUGUUUCCAUGUAUCCUGAUAAAAGCACAGGGCAGCAGGGCACUAAUGAAGGAGGAAUGAAGAGUGCUUCUUUAAAGGAUUUGUGUCCUGAGGACAAGAGACGCAUUGCAAACUUAAUUAAAGAACUUGCCAGGGUAAGUGAAGAAAAAGAGGUGACAGAAGAACGGCUGAAAGCUGAACAGGAAUCAUUUGAGAAGAAGAUCAGACAGCUAGAGGAGCAGAAUGAACUUAUCAUCAAGGAAAGGGAAGCUCUGCAGCAGCAGUACAGAGAAUGCCAAGAACUUUUGAGUCUUUAUCAGAAGUACCUAGCUGAGCAGCAAGAAAAACUAUCACACUCCCUUGCUGAACUCAGUGCGGCAAAGGAGAAGGAGCAGAAGGUAUCCAGUAAGAAGAGCUUGUGCCACCAGCACUCUUUGGGGCUGGACAGCUCCUUCUUGGGUGCUGGGGGACCUUGGACUCUACGUAAGAACAGUAGAGCACUGAAGGCUGGAAGCCCCGCCCGUGUUGCAUUGUCUCAGUCUUGCAGGAAUAACCACAAUUACAAUACUGAAAUGCAUUACAACCAUCAGGAGUGUCUGAAGGAAUAUCCAAUGGAAAACGACUUGCACAGAAAGUGCAACAAUGUGAUUUCCCCAGCCAAGCAGAGGAGCCCUCACCAUGUAAAGCAAGCUCAGGAGAUGGACCAGAGGGCAAGUGAAUUUCAGAGCACAUGCCCUCAGCAAGUGAGUCAUGGCUGUGCCUGGAGGCAUGUGGGGAGCUCCGGGAACAUGGAAGAGAGCUGCUAUGUCAGCCAGGUACUUAGAAAACACCCUGGGACAGUUCACAAGACCUGUGAUCAUUCCAGGCACUGUCGAGGUUCUGGGCUGAAUCACAGCACAGACUCAGGCCCUAAGGAAACAGAGCUGGCUAAAAGGUUGUAUGAAGAAAGAAGGCAGAAGCUGCUUCUUCAAAAAAUGGAGCUGGAAAUUGAAAAGGAACGACUCCAACAUUUAUUGACUAAGCAAGAAGCAAAACUGCUCCUAAAACAACAGCAACUACACCAAUCCCGUAUGGAUUAUAACAGGAUUAGAGGCCAUGUACCUGGCUUAGAAGAUGGGCCCAUUGCUGAAGCACCCAGAGAUCUUGCUCUGAUGAUGAAUGGCAGCAGCAUGGGGCUAAGUGUCCCGGUGUUGAAACAUGAAGAUUAUUUACUGAGGACAUCUCCAGUGAGCAAAAACUCCAGAAAACCAGGGAGCAGUCAUGGGAACAGUUCAGAGAAAAAAAUGGUUGGCUUUGGUGUAAAUGUGGAUGAUGGACAAAGCCCUCAAAUGCAGACCAAGAGGGAAGGCACCAAGUCCAGGAAAGCGACAACUUCAGGACUUAGGAAGGAUGCAGCCAUUUCUCGUGGGUUGAUGGGCAGCAGCAAAGUGCCUGCAACCACAGCCGUAUCACCGAUUCAGCAUGACUCUUCACGGUACCAAGCCUCUCUUCUUGACCUGGUGGAAGCUAUGAACCCAAUAUCAGCUCCAGGAAAGCUCGGCCAAGAACCUUGUGACAGGAACAAACCUCACACGCCCUGCAGUGUGAGCCACAGGCUGUCCACUUGGUGCCAGACCCCCUGCAGCCCCAGGAGCAGAGCAGAUGAGCUGGAGGAGAGCCGGCUCCUUGAGGAGAUCUUCUUCAUUUGACACUACUCCUUGCUCUACAGCUACUCUGAAAUUAUUUGAGUGAUCACUGCUUGUUUUCCCUCUUCUAAAACACAGCUAAUUAGAUCUAGGUUAAUUUUGGAUUUAGUGAUCAUGAUGGAAGUAUGUUGUUUGGGUAUGCCAAUCAGAAAGUGUUAACAUUUUUUCCUAAACCUUUCAUGUGCCAAGUAAUCAAUUUACAAUAGCAUUUUUUUUUAAAUCUACAACAUUUUCUAAUACAUUGAAGUUACAGUUUUGCCAGCCUUAUAUCGGAAGUAUAUUUCAUUAUUGAUUUUUCUGGCUCUAAAGCAGUUUGCAAGAACUGCCUAACAUUCAGCAACCAUCAUGUUCAAAGUAGAUUAUUUUCUAAUUAAACAAGUCUGUUUAAAACCUGGCAUAUUAUAAAGGUACAAGCACUUUAGUACUUUUUCACUGAUUUUAUGAUCUACUUUUUCCUUCAACAUUCUGAUAUUUAACACACUGAGUUUUUAGGGGAUAUAUCAUAAGCUUGACUCUACAGUGUCUGAUAGUGUUAAUAGAUGAUGUUGCAGGAUGAUGUACUAGGCACAGGUUUGAAUUAUAUUCCUCUUUAAAUCAGUGCUAUUUGACAGAGUUUAUGUGCUGGGUUAUGUAACCCUGAAAUAGCAGAACAGUCAGACAUCGUAGAGAUCCAAAACCUAUUUGAUGUACUUUUCAGGAUGAAAUACUUAGUAGUGCUAGUAUAAAAGCAGUCUUAAGACAUUUUCACUAACUUGCACUAUUUUGAUCCUGCAUCCAGGCUCCAUUGUAAAUAAGACAAAUCAGUAAUUAUUUCUACCAGCAGCUCACAAUGCACACUUUUCUGCCAGCUUUAAUUAUUCAUGCUGUAUCUAUUUCAGUUUAUUUAAAUGCAUUUCCAUCUACUGCAUGUACUUGGUUAUUUAAAGAAAUGUGCCGAAUUGGUAAAAAUGACUGCACAUUACAGGAUUAAUGGUCAUUUUCUCCACAAUGUAGUGUUCAUAUUUUAUUGUAACAGUAGCCACCGGCAUGUGUUCCUAGAAAUAUGAGACUAAAAUAUUCAUUUUGCACAGUAAAAUUGCAGCAAGGGAAAGGUAGAAUUGAUCCAGUACAGGCAAGUUCUAGGCCAUUUGCUCCCAAGCACCACUUCAUGGGCCAGUACUGCUUUUCAGACAGUCUCUUUAGGCAACCCUGCUUAUCUUAACGGCUGGGUUGAGUUUCUGUACUGAUGCUUGGGGUAUGGCUGCUGCCUGCCUCCCCGUGCUGCACCUGUGCAAUGUGUGAUGCUCUGUGAGGUGGAUCUCAGACAAGAGCACCACAGCCCCUGGCAGCAGUGUGCUCCAUCAGUGAAACAAAAGGAGAGUGAAGGGGAAGAAGAACCUCAGGUUACACUGGGCUGCUUCAUUCAGGCCCAGUCAUAAUCUCAAAUUAGGUUAUAUCCUUUCUGUGCAUCCCAGCUGAAUUUUAAAAGCUGCUUAGAGGAGUUUAAAGGAGGAAAGCAGCAUUGCUGGACCAGAAAAUUACUGCUGUGGAAAGUCCCUGCAUGGUCUGUCCUGCUUUUAGUGAGGUAUUACAGUUUUCUGGAAUAUGUCCAUCUGCUGUUGAAUGUCCCUCUUGUUCUACUCCCUGAGCCUGUGAAGGCCCAGGUUUCUGCUAAGAGUCCCAAAAAUGUAUUCAGUGCCCUGGCCCAGGUACGCCAGAUUGGAGCAUAAGUUUUCUUGUUCCGUUGCCUGAGUAAUCUGCUGCUUAAAGAGGGCAGGAAAAAGGAGGUGAAAGAAGAGAAAAAUAUACAAGGACCAGCAGGAAAUUUUGGGGAUAACCAUCACAUAGAUCUCAGAGUUUGGGGUUGUUCCAUGGUGUUUUUUUACCUUUGUUGGUGUUUUCUUUUUAAUUGCUGGCAUUUAUAGAGAAAGAGUUAUCUUAUUUCAGUUCAAUUGCUGCUUGUCUCUUUUCCAGUUUGACUGAAACUUUAGUUGCCUUUUCUUAUGAAUGCUAACUGACUUUUCAAAAUAGCAAAAAAUAUAUGUAUAUUUCUUGAAAGGUGCCUUUGUGUUGAGAACACUCCAUGGGAGCAUUCUGUUCUGUGAUUUUUUUUUGUGUGUGCCAGUAUUUUACUGCUUUGGGAUUUCUUAUGAUCACUUAAAAAAUUCUAAUUCUGAAGGUGACCUUUGGCUUGGAUCUAUAUUUUUUGGUUGUAGCUCUUUUUAAAAGGACAGUGUGAGGGUUGCGGGCUCUAUGCUGAAGGUGCUCUCUCUUAGUCAGACCUAUACAGGGGGCACACCUUUGUGAAUCAAAAUUUUCAAGUAAAAGAUGGUUGAAAUGCCUGAUGUGUGAAGAGCUGUAUGCUUUAACUCUCUAUGAGAUGCGGACAAAAGAAACAAAAGCUAUUAAUUUCAUAGACCCUGUGGAAAGUAAUUUUUUAUUAUAAUGCUGUCUUUUGCUCUAGUUAUCAGCAGUACAUUAGGAAUAGUGUUUAGCAGUCAGUGCAAGCAAAGAUAUUUUGCCAUGAGGCACUACAAAGUUGAAGUUAUUAAAACAUUUAUAGCCUUAGAAAAAAAAAUCAAUGAGUGUCAAAUAGGAAAGGACAAAAUCAGUAGUUGGUACUGGGAGGGAAAUUGUUUUCCAUCUGUUAAAACAGUAGAGGAAAUGCAAAAAUUAAACUAGCAAAAGCAAUGACGUGACAGUGUCCUUUUAAGUUUGAGCUUCUAUAUUGGGAGCUGCUGUUGGGGAGUUGGUCCAGCUAAAUUGUUUGUCCAGAGUGUUCCCAGUGGAUAUCCUUCAGCUGCACAUGAGGCUGUGUUUUCCACGAGGCUUUGUGGAGUAACAUGACUGCUGCUAAGGCUCCUACCCACACCUUCAGUUUAUGUCCUUCCCAUGUGGUUUGUGCACACACACUUGAUGGCUGUUUGUGUAGUUAUUGCUUUUGUGCACCUUGCACAUCACAGACCUGUAAUAAUCACACCCUUUUAAUUUCUAGCGUUUCCAGUCUUGCUGUUGAAUCCCAUUGCAAGCACGUAUUUAUAUGUGUAUGUGAGGUCUUAAUCUAAUAAAUUAUCUGGAGGUUUAAUUUAUUCUUCCAGACUUUUAUUUGGCUUAUCUUCUGAUUUUUGUCCAGCUCAGCUGUCAAUACUGCCAUUGACAAUGCUUUCCACUUUCCACAACAUCACAUCAUACUAUGUUGUGAGUCUCCAGUUUGCUAAGGUUCAUGAAGAAUUUGUUUAAACCUUUCUCUUCCUCUCCAGGACAUGGGUCUUACUGUGAGAAGGAGCAAGGCCUCCUUUGGAGCGUGAAGUAGGAGAGAGGUCUCAAAAUACAAAGGAGAAGAGACUUGAAGAACCAGCACCAUAUUUUGGGACAAAAAAAUGAAUUAAAGAGUAAGGAAGAAAGGAUGGAGAUGAAGGCAAGAAAGGACAAAGAUGCAAGGCAGGAAUUGUGUAAGAAGUGAAACCAGGAGGUCCUGCUAAAUUUAGAAAAGAUGAAGAGGAAAGAAUAACGUGAAGUAGAAGUACCAAGCAGGAAAGAAAAAGAUUGCAGCACUCAGCUUGGGACAGAGCAUGAACUUGUGGGUGCAGCACCUGUGAACUCAGACAUCUUGACAACAAUCUGCCAGACACAUUCCUGAUGAGAUGGGGGAGACCCAGACAACACAAACUCUCAGAAGGAGAAGAGUGAACAAAGCACAAGGCAGUGAUAGCAACAAAAACAGACUAGAAGACUUUCGAGCUGCAGGUGGGGAGGCAACUGACAUCUCUGAAUUGCAGAGGAAAUGGCUCCUUGUCAGUAGAGCUGGUGCCCCUCUAUUUGCACUUGUGCCUUUAGCAUAGGGAUCUCAUUACCAGAGAGCUUACUGGCAGAUUUGAGAGAUCACAGUGAGGAGUAAUAAAAAUGAUCAGGGACUGCUAUAAUUGACAUAAUGAGGAAACAAGAUGAGAAGAGUCAGGUAUUUAUAGCAUGGGUGAGAGAGACAAUUAAAAGGUGGGGUGGGAGAUGGACUGGAUGACCUGAAAGCCUUGUCUGCUUCUUAUAACUCCUUGUCAUGUGCUGAACAGAGGACUUGAAUUUACUGAGGCUGUCAGUAUGACUGUUAACAGCCCUAACUUCAUGUGUUGGAAAGCUCAGGUGGGUGUACUCUGGCUGUAUUGGCAGUGUCAGGAUGUCACUGGUGCUGUACUUUGUUUAAAAAAGUAGUCAUCACCGAUGUUGUGGAAAAAAAUUGACAUGCUGGCAGUAAAGAGAAAAAAAUUAGGCCUUCAUAAAGUAACAAGCCAUAGAAAACCUUGCUGAGGGAAGGGGCUGCCUGGGAAGGGCUGCCUGGUUGUUCAGCUGAUGAUGCUGAGCUCCUUCUGCUGCCUGCAGGGUGACCUGUGGAGAAGGAAGGUCCAUGGGGAGGGAGAAGACGUGAGAAAUUUCCUCUGUGAGGUGUCACCCAGCUGUGCAUGCAGCUGAACAAAACCACUGCUCCCCAGGAUGCACAGAUGUGCACAGGCUGUUGUCCCAAACAGCUGCUGAGCUCCACAGAGAGCUCUUGGAGCAAAUUCUGGGCCAGGCAAAAGCUUGCCAAUCCCACUGAUAGAUAGCUACAGCCAUGUGUGGUGUUUUGCUUCCCUUCUUAGUCCAUCCAUGUGUGUUCCUGCACUGGGGCCAGGGUCAGUGUCCAGGUGGUGUUUUAGAGCUCUGUGUUUGCUCUAGACUUGGGAGACUGCAGCAGAUUGCAGGCAGCCAAGCUGGAGACAUCUCAGCUCCUGGGUUGCAGUCAAAUUAAAACAUUGCUAUGGAAAGCAACGGGGCUGCAUGUGUUGGAGGUGCUUUGGGGAAAUAUCACAGCAGUGCUUGUUGAGUUUGGUGGCGGAGUAGUCACUCUGUUUUAAUGAUACCUGUGUGCAAAGGCCACAGCUGCUGUCAUCUGUUUAACAUUAGUCUCACUUUCACAGAGCAGACAUAGCCUAGGGUGGUGGAAAGGAGAGAAAGGUGACCAAGAAAAAGAAAAAAAAAAAAAGCCAUUCAUUUUCCACCAUUUUUUCCAUCCCGCUGAACUGCAAUACCAGUCUGUGGCUGAACAACAGUAAUCUUAUCCAGUGUACUGUUGAUUUAAGCCUCUUGGAUAUAUAUAACUUUGGAAAUGGUAAACUAUAUUAAUUUGCUAUGUUUUCAAGGGAAAGUUAUUUAUUGAGAGACAUUUUUAACUCAAGUGCCAGGAGCCUUAAAUCAUUAUAAUAAAUUCAUGCUAUUCAGGGUUUCUUACAUUGUAAUAAAUUUGUUUUAAACAUGAA